UUUACAGAUUUUGGUGCCCUUUACAUCAGGCUCUUGGCUGCAUUACCCUAGGCAUAGCCUAGUGGUGAAAAAUUCUCUGAAACCGAAUAAAGAGAAACAAAGGGCUUAAACAAGGUGCAAGUUUUGCAACAGUGUUAUUGUGAAUCUAGUGUUCUGCAAAUGACAUGCUAGUCAAGAAUUGUUGAUGUUAUACACAAGAGGUAUAUAGGGCAUAAUCAUGGCAUCUGCAGUGGCAUCAAAUGACAUUUCCAUGGAAGAAGUGAAGGUGAUGGAUGUCAAAGAGGAGCCUAUGGAUCAGUCAGAGGUGUCUGAAGAACUUCAGAAAUGGAUCGAUGCAGGCCUUGAUCCUCAGGUUGCUGAAAAAGUGGAAGAGAUCUGCAAAUCGGGGAAGUUGGACCACUCUGACUUGGAUGAGAGGGCUCUGGAGGCAUUGAAAGAGUUCCCCAUCUCUGGUGCUAUUGCGGUGCUCAAGCAGUUUGAAGAUUCUAAUCUAGAUCAUGUGUCCAACAAGUCUGCCUACCUAUGCGGUGUGAUGAAAACAUAUCGACAGAAAAGCAAGAGUUCCCCUGGUCAGCCACCUACUGGAAUGAAGGGACCAGACGAAGAAAAGAUAAAUGCAAUCUUGGAGCGCACAGGCUACAAACUGGAUGUUACUACAGGGCAGCGCAAGUAUGGUCAUCCCAGCCAAGAAAUGGAUGAACCUGGCAGUGGUUGUGAGGUAUUCUGUGGGAAGAUUCCAAAGGAUGUUUUUGAGGAUGAGCUCAUCCCCUUAUUUGAGAAGUGUGGGACGAUCCAUAACCUUCGUCUCAUGAUGGACCCCAUGACUGGAACCAACCGGGGGUUCUGCUUUGUCACAUUCACCAGCAGGAGUGCUGCCCAGCAGGCUGUGAAGGAGGUAUGCAACUUUCUUUUCUGUGGACUUUUUUCAUCCAAGAAUCAUUUUAUUGAUGAAAGAGACAGUGAAGGGCAUGAAGCUGGUCUCAUCGAUGCAAUCAUCUACAGCAGUCCUGAUGACCGGAAGAAGAACCGAGGUUUCUGCUUCCUUGAGUAUGAUAGCCAUAAAUCAGCCUCCCUUGCCAAGCGGCGACUCAGCAGUGGACGCAUCAAGGUGUGGGGUUGUGACAUCAUAGUUGACUGGGCUGACCCACAAGAGGAACCUGACCAGGAAAUCAUGUCAAAAGUGAAGGUUCUAUAUGUACGGAACUUGACACAGAAAGCAAGUGAAGAUGAUCUCAAGGAAACUUUUGAACGGUUUGGGGCAAUUGAGCGUGUGAAGAAGAUUAAGGAUUAUGCCUUUAUCCAUUUCUCAGAUCGGGAGGAUGCCAUCAAGGCAAUGGAAGAAUUACAGGGGAAAGACCUGGGAGGAGCCCCAAUAGAAAUCUCUCUGGCCAAGCCACCCUCAGACAAGCGGAAAAAGGAGGAGGUUUUGCGCAAGCGGGAAGUGCGCAUGAUGCAGAUGAUGUCAUCCCGUGGAGGGUUGUUGAUUCCACCUGGUGGGAUGCGUGGAGGUCGGGGUAGUCUUUUACGCAACCCACUAGGCCGUGGAGAUUAUGAUUAUGACUACGAUUACUAUGGGUACUGCGACUACAGAGGCGGGUACAGUGAUCCCUACUACGAUGAUUUCUAUCGAUACGACGAUUAUUAUGAUUACCCGCCCCCGCCGGCUCCAAUGCCGCCUCCACCACCCCCAUCUGCACUGCCCAGGGGGAGAGGCUUGCCCCCACCAAUGGGCCGUGGUGGACGUGGUGGAACCAUGGGUGGGGGACGUGGGAUGGGCGGAGGGGGGCCUAUGGGGGGACCUGGGGCCCCACCCCCACCUCCCUCUCCCACUAUGCGGGGCCGAGGCCACAUGAGGGGUCAAGCCCCCCGGGGAUCCCCUCGAGGCAGAGGUUUCCCUCCCGGGAUUGCAGGUAAAAGGAAGUUGGAUACAAACCAGAACCAGGGGGAUAGCAAGCGUCGAAGCCAGCCACCGACUGGCAACCACCUGAGCAAUGGAGGUUCAACCAAUGAACCUUUCUAUGCUGACUCCUUUGGCCAGCAGUGGAACUGAUGGAGAUCCACUGCACCAACUCCAGGCCACUCUCACGGGAUCCAAAUCCUUGCCCGUCGUGUCUCUCCGUUUUUGUGAGAGAUCUUUGAAUGAUUUCUCUUCCUUGUUUUGAAUAGUUUUAAUGACUUUGGUCCUUAUCUGCCCCACAGUUUCCUUCAAAAGUUUUUCAAGUCAAGCAAGUCUCUUGAUUCUGCAUUCCCCCCUUGUUCUGGGCCCAAAGAAAGAAAAAGAAAUUACACAAAUCCCUCAACUUGAAAUCUGGUUUUGUACAAUAGCAGGAAGUUUAUUGUUGUUGGACAAAUUUUGCUUGCAUUUCCUCCUGUUUCUGCUGUAGAUUUGCUUGACAUCCAAUCCUAAUUCUCCCUCUGUUGCAUUCCUGGGAUUGCAGUCAAAUCCUCAAUAUGAUGUCAUUUUUAGAUUAAGUCAUUCCUUAGCCAGUGCCCUCCCUUCUCUGCUUUUUUUUUUCUUUUGCCCUUCCCAACCUAAAAAAGUGAAAUUAUUACAACUGCAG